AUGACGACUGAAAAUGUGAAGGCGGAGCUUGCGUGUCUUCCAUCUGAAAUUCUCUGUCACCUCUUCACAUUUCUUCCCACUCGUCAAUUAAUCACUGAAAUCCCACUAAUUUGUCAACGAUUUCACACGAUUCUCAAGGAUGACAAGUUCUGGAAUGGGCGGAUUCGUACGGAAUACAAGGUCCGCCUCCCGGACUGUGAAACGAAACACUCGGAAUACGAGCCAAAAAAAUCGUUCGUCGCAAUUUCCACCCAACGAGAAAGAUGGCGUGACGAGUGGGCGGAGUCACAGACAAUUCACACGGCACUCGGUCACUCGGCUACAGUAGACAGUGUCCUUCUAUUCGAAUCGCAACACCGUCAAUUCUGUCUCUCCGGCGCCCGCGAUCGCUCAAUCCGUCUGUGGGAUCUCGAGCGAGUACGGUCAGGCGAUGGGGAUACUGUAGACGCGCCGUGGACGGUGGCGAAGGAUGAGACCGCGCAUCUCGGAUGGAUUUGGAAUAUGGCGAGAGAUUCAGAAUCCGGCGAGGUCUACACGACGUCGUGGGAUUCCACCGUCAAAAAUUGGGCGAUCCGUGAGGGCGGAGCCAUUCAAAACUUGAAUUCUGUCAAUGUCGGCUCGGCGGCUCAAUGUAUCUCGGUGGGCGGAGCUAGGCAUGAAAUAGUGUGCACCACUUUUGCAAAACGGACCGCGGUUAUUGAUGGGCGGAGCUUCGGGGUCGUGGCGGAACACCGACUGCACAAACGGGCGGUCAUUGCGUUGGCUGUGCAGGGGGAGAGGAUUUUUACGAGUAGCGAGGAUCGAAUGAUGAUGAUGGUUGAUAGGAGAAUGAUGACGAAACCCGUGCUUUUUGAAUACUCUCCAACCACCUACAAAUCGUGUCUCUCACUUCAACGAAAUCAAUUAUUGACGUCGACUUCCGAUGGAAAAGUCAAACUGUACGACGCGACGAAUUUCAACGUGUUGCAGACGUAUACGGUCGGUUCCUACACACGCCAGACACUUUUGGAUCACGGCGCCCAUUUGGCGAUGGCGAGAAGUGUCAAGGGAUAUUAUAAAUUUAGUAUCCACAGUCCGGGAAUCCGUAGUGAGGUGUGGUGUGCGUCGACGCAAUUGGCCGCCGAACCGGCGAAAUUUGAUUAUUUAUCCACCUCCAAAACGUUGGCAAUCGGAAACGGUGACAGCUCGAUUCUCUUCUGCUUCCCACGACCACCGCCACAGGAAUAG